GCACCAGGGUGUAUAGCCCCCCAGAGUGGAUCCGCUACCAUCGCUACCACGGCCGCUCGGCGGCAGUGUGGUCCCUGGGUGUGUUACUCUACGACAUGGUCUGCGGAGACAUCCCCUUUGAGCACGAUGAAGAGAUUGUGCGGGGCCAGGUGUACUUCCGACAGAGGGUCUCUCCAGAAUGCCAGCAUCUCAUCAAAUGGUGUUUGGCCCUGCGACCCUCGGACAGGCCAUCUUUCGAAGACAUUUUAAACCAUUCUUGGAUGCAAGGCGUCCACCUACCGCAGAAGACAGCAGAGAUCCACCUGCACAGUCUGCUCCAGGAGUCUAGCAAAUAACAGUUCCUUGCAUCUCCUGGCUGUAAAAAAAUGAAAGAAAACAGAAUUCUUCUUCGUGACUGUAGCACUGAGUGGGGAUCGUCACAUGGGAACAUCUACAUCUCAUUCCAGAGCUAGACCAAACUGGAGAGUCCAUCAUCCAAGAGCUGGUGGCCACGAUCCAACCCAGGUGUCCUGGACUUGAACUUAAUGGUCCUGUCUUCCUUGAUGUCUUGCCAGUCAACUUUUGGUGAUGUUUUACGGGCGCUCCCACGAGUGUCCCUGGCCUGCUGAAUUCGGGACUGUGAGAGGAUCAGAGACAUUAGAGCAAGGAAAGCGUCAACUGGGGGGAACUGUUCUGGGGGUGGGGGGAGGGCAAGUGCCGUGUCUCCGAAUAGCUGUGAAUAGCUGUCUCUUCUUCGCCGUCACCGUGUUCUGAGUGCCUUCAGUUGCGAUCUGGGCUGUGCUGGAGGAAAUACUUGAAUCUUCCUACACUGCUGCUUUUUCCAAGACUUGCCUGGGUAUAUAGUUACUUCUUCCCUUUUCAAAAAGGAAACAGGUCAGAAGAAACUUGGGAGCAAAGCGGGCAACAUCUUGUGGCUUCCGAAGUGUGCUGUCUUGCGUGAACUUUCUUUCUUGGGCUCCUUGCUUCCCAUGCCCUCACGAAUGCACAAACAAUGCAAUCCAACUGAGUUGUAAAUGUAUGUACAGAAUUAUACAGGAGCAGAGCUUGGUGUACAGUUGUUAAUAGUGGUAACAUUUGACUUUUUUUUUUUCCAGUUUUUGGUUUUAAUUUAUUUUCAUGGAUUUGUUUGGGGUUUUUUUUGGUUUUGUGUUGAUUUUUUUGUUGUUUUUUGUAAGGAAAGGUCCUAGCCAGCCGGAUAACUUAUUUAUUUAUUUAUAACUCAUGUGGGUCCUCGACCCAUGCCUCGCUUCUACAGCUGCUGAUCCCCAGGUUUCCCAUUUGGGUCUCCCCUCCGUGUCCGUCCUGCGUCCCUCCCUGGCCUCGCCGCCUGCCUUGCAGAGUGCUUCUGUUUGAUGUCUUGCCGCUGCGUGGAGCAGCUCCCUGCUUCCCAGCUGUCUGUAAAUAGUUCUGGUUGCUGUCGCUCCCUUCCACGUGCAGAUCUCGGUUUGCAGAUGAGUUUUGGUUUUCCCCCCUAGGUGUCUGUCUGGGGCCGGGGGUGUCCUGCGUGCAUGUACCUAAGCGCUCUUCUUGCUGAGCCGUGGGGGGAGCUAGCCAGGGCUGCCCGCACUGUCGAGUCUGUACAUGUAACCAGUGUGUAGCCAGUGGGUUUUUGUUAAUAGUUAAUAUUGUACAGGGGAAUUCAGAAAUCCUAUUUUUUUUUAUAC